AUGGCGCAACGUUACGAAGACGUGGAUGCAGCUGCUGUGCGCACUCCUGUGCCGAGACUUCACAAGAACCCCAUCACUACCCGCAACAAGAUUGUCGUUCACACCACCAUUGAACACUAUCAGGAUGAACUCGCGUACUGCUCUGCAAAGCUGGUGGAGAUGAUGCGUUGUGGUAUGCAUUUGCAAGCCCAUGCCAAUGCCAAGCUGCUCAGGAUCAACAAUGAACGGCGUGCUGAUGGAUACCCAGCCAUUCGAGCAUACAUCUGCGAGCAUGACAUGACAGGAGUGUAUUGGGUGAUGUAUCGGCUCCCUGAUGGAAGUAGGUCCCCGUUUCCUUUUUGCAACGAUUUCCCUGAUUCGUCCAUGUUCGAAAGGCUCUUCAAGUUGAAGCUCAUCAUGCCAGAUCCCUUCACCGAAGCCCACAAGACUACACGUUUCUGCGAAAUCUGGGAGAUGGACGAAGACUAA